CGGAAUACAUUAGCGGCCAACCAAUUCUGUCAUAUAUAAGUGUAUUUUUAUGGGCAGUUCCCACAAAGCUGCUCACUGCUGAUCGUUGCAGACCGCUCAGACAACCCGCGUAUAACCGCACUUAUCUUACGAAAUGCCUUCAUAUGCCAUAGUAAAGUUCGAGAAUUUCAAAGGUAGAGCGUCCAAAUAUGUAUUCGUGCCGGAAUCCUGGGUGAAAUACCGCCGUCCCAUUGACAAUGUGUGUGUGAUUUAUUUGCCCGCCGACGAAGCGUCGAUAGAAGAACGCGCUAAGAACUUGGAGACACCGGCAGCCGAUUGGAAGCAGCACCUGUGUCAAGUAAAACACUUUGCAGAUAAUUACUGCGAUGCCAUGAUUGCCACCAUGCAGUACGACGCUGAGGAUCCAGUCGUCGGUACAAGCACUGAAGAACAAACAAAAGAAAGACGCACAUCUACACAACCGACAACGGAAGACUUGGCGAACAAGUCUAGCUACAGUAUAGUAGAUGUAACCAUGGACGAGCCAAACGAUAGCAUUCUACAACCAAACGCAUCCCAGUCAUUUAUUGACAAUAGGAACAAUAUUUCAGCACAAAUCGAAAAUUACCUCUCUCAAAUUCAAGAAGCUGGGUCUUACCUCUUAAAUUUACUAAAAGAGGACGUAGUACCAAGACGGGAAAAAAGGGUUGUCCACGUGCCGCCGGAGUUCGACGAAAAUGACACAAGAUGGACACUGAGACAUCGGCAGCCGGGCCCGGGGCUGAAAGAGCUCAUUGAAAACUCCGACGUGUAUGUUGAGGUGGCUAAACUUAAUAGAUACACUGGUAUAGCAACUUCAAGCGAAUACCUCACUAAGGUAUUGAUGACGAUUAUUUUUACUGACGAAGCGCUGUCUUAUUGUAAUAUGUUUGCACAGAAAAAGAACAAAUUGGAUAAUAAUGCAGUGAACGUGCUGUUUGAAUUCGUAAAAGGUUUUGCUUCUAGAAAGGGUUGGCCUGCUGUUGAUUUAGUGACUUUUAACGACUGGGUACGAAGCAAACUACGAAGUAUGAAAAUUCAGUUGCUGCCCUAAGUUCUCGCGCUGGACAUUGUCAAGCACGCGUGCGCCGGCGCCGGGUGGAUCCAUUAUACAUUAUCAGAUUUGUUGUUGGCUUUCGUGUGGCCAGUGGGAUAGUUUAGAGUAAGGCUCCAUCUUUCCGAUCCGUACUCCUUCUUCAGUAGAAUAAUAUUUUGUGAAACAGAUAAGUAAUUUCAGA